AUGUACUCGGUGGAAAAGAAGGUGGCUGACGGCGUCUGGCCUCGAACGACGGGCUCGACAACUUUGCCCACGGACAGAGUCAAGAUCGCAUACAACAAGUUUUCUCCAAAGAGCUCACUACCAAAAGACGUUACCAAGGUAAACCUCAUUUUCGCUCAUGGGUCUGGCAUGAAUAAAGGGGUCUGGACAUACCACAUCCAGAAACUUUACGAGGCCAACGAGAAGAACACAAGGUGGAAGCUCGAUAAGGUUAUUGCUGCAGACUACUAUAGCCACGGGGACUCUGCUGAGCUCAACAGAGACGUUUUGGGCUGGACUGGCGACUGGUGUGAUGGAGGCAAGGAUUUGAUUGAAGUUGUCAAGCACUAG